CGGUGGUUUCUUGUUUAGGGGUAGGCGUAUUUUGAGAGGUGAAGUCCUGGCGGGUUUUGCUUUUGGACGGACGGUUUUUGAGUUAAACAGUCCUACCAUCACCACAACAGUGACAGCACAUGAAACAACACCAAUGAUGACCAGCAGUCCUACCACCGUAAACAGUACUACCAUCACAACAGUGACAGCACAUGAAAAAACACCAAUGAUGACCAGCAGUCCUACCCCCGGUUAUGACCACAUGUUGGAAAGCAACGCCACAAAGAAAAGCAACAAUGUCACGAGGGGAAACGCAACUCCAAACUUCCAAAUAAUUAAUGGCAGCGGAUUUUUACACAACAUCACAAUCUACACAUGUGGACUGGUUGCAGUAAACAGUACUACUAUCACCACAACACCUAUGAUGACCAGCAGUCCUACCACCGUAAACAGUCCUACCAUCACCACAACAGUGACAGCACAUGAAAAGACACCAUUGAUGACCAGCAGUCCUACACCCGAAACUGGAUAAUGGGACCCUGCCAGAGUUCGUGGAACAACUCAAAGAUAUGACUGUUAACACCAGUGACAGCAUAACUCGAUCUCCAAGUACAAUCAAUGCCACUGUGAAAAUUCU